AUGAUGCCUAAUUUGAAUGAAUUGUCUCUUUCUGAGAAUCAUUUGAAUGGCAUUAUUCCUCCAUCUGUUUGCAACAUGCAAAAUUUGAGUACUUUGUCUCUAAGGAGCAAUCAAUUUUCUAGAGAAUUCCCUCAUGCAUGGAGUGUGGGGAGCAAUAUGGUGUUUCUAGAUGUUGGUCACAACAAUCUAUCUGGUAAUAUUCCCACUUCAUUGGAGGUAUUCAGUUCACUGAUGGUAUUAAAGCUCAACAACAACAAUUUUAGCGGUGAAAUUCCUGAUACCUUGCAAAAUUGUUCUAGUUUGAUGAGUAUUGAUCUCGGAGGCAACAAGUUAUCUGGUAACAUACCUCUAUGGAUAGGAGGAUCAAAAUUGUUGCUAAGGCUACGAUUACGGUCCAACUAUUUAAGUGGACAAAUUUCCCAGCAACUGUGCAAUCUUCAGUACCUUACUAUCCUUGACCUUAGUCACAAUAGCCUUUCAGGUACCAUUCCCAAGUGUUUAAACAAUUUGACUUUGCUGGUCAAUGUUAAUUAUGAUGAAGGCUAUCCUAAUUAUAAUGAGCAAGCCACACUGACACUAAAAGGAAGCGAGCUUGUGUACAACAACACUCUAGAUUUUGUCAAGAGCAUUGAUCUUUCAUCAAAUAAUUUAAAAGGUGAAAUCCCUGAAGAAAUAAGCAAUCUCAUUCAAUUGGGCACCUUGAAUUUGUCCAUGAAUCAAUUGACUGGAAAGAUCCCCUCCAAGGUCGGAAACUUGCGUUCGCUCGAAACUCUUGAUCUCUCACACAACCACCUCUCGGGACAGAUUCCUCAAAGCUUAUCAUCUUUAACAUUUUUAAACCACUUGAACUUGUCUUACAACAACUUGUCCGAAAGAAUUCCUUCGGGAUACCAGCUUCAAACGCUCAAUUUUUCAUCAAUUUAUAUGGAAAAUCCAUUGCUAUGUGGCGUUCCUCUCUCAAAUAAGUGCCCUGGAGAUGAUAUUCUCCCAGCUAAGGAUGCAAAAGAUAAGAAUGAAGAAGGAAAUGCUGAUAAGUUGUGGUUCUAUGUCAGCGUGGUACUUGGCUUCAUCGUAGGUUUUUGGGGCGUUUGCGGCACAUUGAUCUUAAAGGCAUCGUGGAGGUAUGUCUAUUUUCAAUUCUUAUACAAGAUCAAUGAUAAGUUAGCAUUAGCAAUUGCAUUGAAAGUAGCUUGUUUCCGAAGAAUGUUUUCUGAAGUUUGA